AUGUACGAUCUGCAGUGUUUCGCGUCUCUCAACUCAGGCCCAGUCCUGGUGGUGGUGCUCCAGAGUGUCCUGUUGGUGUACGGUACGGUAGUUGCAGGACAAAACGGAACCUCACCUGGUGCCAAAGGUGAAGGGACAGAUAGGGCAAGUCGUGACGUGCGAUUCCUGACAGCGUUUGAAACCGGUUCCGAUGUUUACGACGCAACCGAGUUCAGCCUCUAUCCAGUGGAGUGGAAUGGGGCAGACGACACCGGAAGCAGGCACCAAGAUGGAAGUGAGUUGGAGCAGCUGCUUGAAGGUGGUGCUGUAGAUGGAGGGUACCACUUAGGCGAUGUACCGGAAUUUGCAAGCACCCACCGGGACGGCGACGAGGUUCUACGUCUUUUCGAUACGGUGCCAUCUGAGUUUGGAUCCGAUGGAAUCAAACAACGUGAACUGUUCGUGGAUACUUUCACGCAAGGACAGAGCGAUCUCAGUUCCGAUUUGUCUCUUACCGGUCCGAGAACCAGCUCCCAUACUUCACCCUCACCGGAUCAAACGGAAGAGUUUUUCCGUGGCAUGUGGCAGAGUGUUGGCGAGUCCCGACCAUCGACGGGACUGUCCGGAAGUAUCCAGCGGCUCAUACCGCACCGCUUCCGGCCGCACUUUGUAAACACCUCCAAGGGUCUGCGGAACAUCCCGCAUCAGUUAAACGAUGGCCAGCUACAGCUGGCACCGGAGGACGCACUAGCGGCCGGUUCACCGACGUCCAACGGUGCCCAAUCGAAUGGUGUUUCCAGUGCGACCACCAAACCAACCGGCAGCUCCAGCCCGAUCGGCUCGCUGUUUAACAGCUUCAAGCGCAAACUGAAGGCCAUCUACCCGGGCACGGUGUGGUGCGGCGACGGCAACCAGGCAAAGAGCGAGGAUGACAUCGGGUUUUUCUACCUCACCGACAGCUGCUGCCGGGCGCACGACCUAUGUCCGAUCACAAUCGCUGCCGGUGAGCAGUUCAAUCGACUGAAGAACAACGGCCACUUCACACGCUCGCACUGUGAUUGUGACAAAAAGUUCUACAACUGCCUCAAGAACGCCAACACGCUCGUGUCGCGCCAAAUUGGUUACACCUACUUCAACCUGCUCAAACCACAGUGCUUCCGCCACGAACAUCCCAAGUUGAACUGCACCAAAAGGAGUCGUGGCAAAUGUUUGACGUACGUCGUCGAUGAAACGCAGCCGAAGCAGUGGCAGUGGUUCGAUAAUCUUAUCUACUAAGCAGCCAGCGGAGUCGACGGGGAUGGGUUCGCGAUGCUGGCGUUCCAACGUACGCUUAUUCUAUUUAGUACACACAAUAGAGGACGAAAAAGGAAUAACUCUGUACUUCCUUUUAAUUUAUAUAUGUUUCUUUUGAUAACCAUUUACAGAUUCGAGCGCGAGAAGGCCAUCUCGUUUGCAAAUAUGUGAUAACCGUAGAAAAUUUGCUUUAACCAGUAUCAACAACCUCUAUUGACAAUUGUUGCAACGAUGUUAAAUAUGUUAAAAAAUAUUGAGUAGGGUUGUAUCCAGAUUUGAAUUGUGUAUUACAUUAGGAGUCACCAAAAAUGGAAUACUCAAGUGAAGAUAUUGUUUUAUUUGUUUAAUUACCCAUACUUGCAAUGAAUGGGUUCGCCACCAUAAGAACUUGUUUUUGG